AUGGAAGACGCUGCCCCCUGCCGGAUCCCCGGAUUAUUCGCCCUUGAGAAUACACCCGUGGACACAAUGGCGGACGAUAUCUCAGCGAACAAGGGCCGCUUAGAGGUCGAAGCCGAGAAAGAACGAACUGAAAAUGUCGAGCACAUUGCCUCACCAACACAAGAUGCCCAGCUGCAGAUGGAUCCAGCCCGCCGUAUUGUUGUCGAGAAGCAGCUCAAGCGCAAGCUCGAUGCCCGGUGCAGCUUGUUCGUCGCUAUCUACAUCAUGAACUACCUGGACCGCAACAAUAUGGCUGCUGCCCGUCUCAAAGGUCUACAGGAAGAUCUUCAGCUCAGUAACACCGAGUACUCCACGUGUUUGAGUAUUCUCUACGUGGGCUACAUCAUCAUGCAGGUGCCAUCUAAUAUGUUCAUCAACCGCAUCUCACGACCUUCUCUCUACAUUGCGACCGCCAUGUUGUUGUGGGGUGUUAUCUCCACCCUGUCCGGCAACACCAAAAACUUUGGCCACAUGGUGGCAGUUCGUUUCCUGCUUGGCUUUAUUGAGGCAGCCUUUUUGCCCGGCGCCUUACUCAUCCUCUCCAAGUGGUACACACGCCGCGAAUUAACCACCCGAAAUGCCAUCCUGUUCUGUGGCAAUCUCAUCUCCAAUGCAUUCUCUGCUCUCGUUGGUGCCGGUGUUCUGUCCAACAUGCAAGGCGUCUUGGGCCAUGCGGCGUGGCGCUGGCUCUUCUGGAUUGAGGGAGCCGUGACCAUGUUCCUCGCCAUCUUGGCCGCAUUCAUCUUGCCCGAUCUACCGCACAAUGCACGCGGGUUCACCGAGGAAGAGCGCCAGGUUGCACAGCUGCGCAUGAUCGAAGAUGUUGGCGAGGCUGAUACCGAUAGUGAAGAGCUUGGUGCCUUUGGCGGUUUGAUGAUGGCACUGAAGGAUAAGAAGAUUUAUGUCAUGAUGUUUACUUUCGUUGCCUACGUUGUCGGGUUAUCCUUCAACGCUUUCUUCCCCACCUUGACCGGUACUCUCGGAUUCGGAUACGUUCCUACUCUGCUCAUGAGUGCCCCUCCCUGGGCUUUCUCGUGUAUUGUCUCCGUGAUCAACGCGUGGCACGCCGACAAAACGCAAGAAAAGGUGUGGCACAUCUUAGGCCCGCUCGGAAUGGGGGCUGUUGGCUUCAUCAUUUGUAUGAGCACAAGCAAUGUUGCCGCCCGCUACGUUGCGCUCUUCCUGCAGGCCGGCUCCUACGCAGGAUUUAUUGUAUUCUACUCAUGGAUCAGUUCCUCAUUCCCUCGUCCUCCCGCCAAGCGAGCUGUGGCUAUUGCCAUGAUCAACGCCUUCAGUCAACUGGGCAACGUCGCCGGCUCCUACGUCUGGGACUUGGACGACAACGGCUACCGCUCCAGCUAUGGAAUUGUGCUGGCUAUGUUCGGUGUUACGGUUGGCGGAUGCUGGUACUUCCGCUCGAUGCUGCUCCGCUUGAAUAAGGAACUCGAGAACGCCGAGCUUGCCGAUGUUUCGGGAGGCGCGUCGAACGAAAACGAUAUCAUGGAGCACCCAGACGAAUCCCUACGCAUGCGCAAGGGCUUCAGGUAUCUUGUUUGA